GCCGAGGAAGACCGUUGAUGGAGGGUGAUGCUUUUUUCACAGCAGCAGUGGCUGAGGCAGAGGUUCUUUGUACUGGGUAGCUUGGUGCUUGGGAGUCUUUUCUUUCUGGUGGUUAGAGAGGGCACUUUAGACAGACUUCCCCUCAUCUGCCCCAUUAAGGACAGACUGCGCCCUGCAGAUGUAUCAGGGCAGAUUCCUUUACAUACCUUGCAGCACAAACAAGCUCUAGGUCUCAAGCUGCACAGGAGGAACAGCACAAAGGAGCAACUGCGAACGCUCCGCCUCAUUAAGCAGCUGCCCAGAGCCAUCAUCAUCGGGGUGAGGAAAGGUGGAACACGCGCACUACUGGAGAUGCUCAGUCUUCACCCUGCUGUUGUCAAGGCCUCCCAGGAGGUCCACUUUUUCGACAAUGACAAGAACUAUGCUUGUGGUGUUGACUGGUACCUCAAAAAGAUGCCCUUUUCUUUUCCACAUCAAAUAACUAUUGAGAAGAGUCCUGCAUAUUUCAUCACUGAGCAGGUACCUGAGAGGAUCUUUAAGAUGAAUUCCUCUAUUAAACUUCUGUUGAUUGUUCGUGAGCCCACCACCCGCACUGUUUCUGACUACACACAGGUCCUAGAGGGCAAAGAGCACAAGAACAAAACAUACAACAAGUUUGAGGAACUUGUGAUUGAUAACAACACUUGUGAGGUGAACACAAAGUACAAGGCUGUACGGACAAGCAUCUACACCAAGUACCUAGAACACUGGUUAAAGUUCUUUCCCACUGAGCAGUUUCACAUAGUUGAUGGAGACCGCCUCAUCACAGACCCACUUCCAGAGCUUAAGCUGGUGGAACAAUUCUUAAACCUUCCUUCACAAAUCAGCCAGUACAAUCUGUACUUCAAUGCCACACGUGGGUUCUUCUGUCUGCGCUUCAACUUCAUGUUCAGCAAGUGCCUGGCGGGCAGUAAGGGCCGAAUCCAUCCAGAUGUAAAUCCCUCCAUCAAGGAAAAACUGCAGCGCUUCUUCCACCCAUUUAACCAGAAGUUCUAUCAGAUCACAGGCAGGACAUUCAACUGGCCCUGAAGAUUCCAAUAACAUCUGACGUUAAUGUUAAGAAACAUAUCGGACAUGGCAAAAUAGCAUUUUUGUAAUGUGCUGAUCUAUCAUUAUUAUCAUUAUUGCUUUUAUUGCAUUGUAAAUGUGACAAAAUGUGUCAUUGCAGUUAUCCAAUCUUGAAAUAAGUUUCAGUCAGUAGCGUACUUGUGCCUAAAUUCUAUAGAAAAAUUUAGUUGCAGUUUCAACUAGGGAUUUUCUUCAAAAAGAUCUGACCUAAACAAUGAUAGAUGCAAAGACAGUGUGCUAUGUACCCGUCACACUUCAAUAUUGAUUUAUUAGCCUGACUAAAGAAUUGUUGAUCAAACUGGACAAAUUAGUAGCUGACAUUUUUAGCAUCCAUUCAACAAGAACCAAACAUAAUAAGCAGACUAAAUGUUUGAGAAUUAAGCAUUACUGGUGUGCAUCUUGAGACAAAACAAUGGCACUGACAUAUUGUAAAUAAUAUUGGAUCCUGUUCAAUAGAGUUUAGAUCACCUGCACCUGUUUCUCAUCACCAGUCAUGGUCUGGCCUCUACAAUAGUAAAAAGUAAAAAAUUAAAAUCAUUUCCAAAUA